UUCCCCACCACACAGUUGGGCCAGUUCCAUCCAUGGCUGAAGAAGAGGAGAGCAAGAAAGGUGAGAUGGAGAAAAGAGCGAUACCCCUCCUCACUCCCCACAGGUUGGGAAACUUCAACCUCUCUCACAGGAUAGUCUUGGCACCGUUGACAAGAAUGAGAUCUUACAACUUCGUUGCUCAAUCGCAUGCCGUUUUGUUUUACUCUCAGAGAACAACAAAGGGUGGCUUCUUGAUUGGGGAAGCCUCUGGGAUUUCAGACACUGCUCAGGGUUACCCAAAUACUCCUGGCAUUUGGACAAGAGAACAAGUUGCAGCAUGGAAACCAAUUGUGAAUGCUGUUCAUGAAAAAGGGGGGAUAUUCUUUUGUCAACUUUGGCAUGCCGGGAGAGUUUCCGAUUAUAGUUAUCAACCUGAUGGCCAACCUCCAAUAUCUAGCACGGACAAGCCAUUAACAGCUGAGAUUAAUGGCUCUAGCGCAGCAGAUUACCCACCUCCUCGACGCCUAAAUACUCAUGAAAUCUCUCAAGUUGUCAAUGACUUCAGAAUUGCAGCAAAAAAUGCCAUGGAAGCAGGUUUUGAUGGGGUGGAGAUUCAUGGGGCCAAUGGGUACUUGCUUGAUCAGUUCCUGAAGGAUCAAGUGAAUGAUAGAACAGAUGAAUAUGGGGGGAGCUUAGAAAAUCGUUGUCGCUUCCCACUAGAAGUAGUUAAAGCCGUUGCUGACGAGAUUGGAGCCGACAGAGUUGGCCUCAGGCUUUCUCCUUUCGCCGAUUACAAUGAUUGUGGCGAUUCCAACCCUGAAGCUCUUGGCCUUCACAUGGCCGAGUCCUUGAACAAAUAUGGGAUACUUUAUUGUCAUAUGAUUGAGCCAAGGAUGAUCACCCAGUUUGAGAAAAGUGAGACUAAACUUAGCCUGCUGCCCAUGAGGAAGGCCUUCAAGGGUUCUUUCAUUGUUGCAGGUGGAUACAAUAGGGAUGGUGGAAAUGAAGCAAUUGCCUCUGGAAGUGCAGAUUUAGUUGCUUUUGGACGCUUGUUUUUGGCCAACCCAGAUCUGCCAAGGAGAUUUGAGAUCAAUGCAGAGCUUAACAAAUAUGACAGAAGCACCUUUUACACAUUUGAUCCUGUUGUUGGAUACACCGACUAUCCGUUUCUUAAACUCGACACUAAAACCAAUUAAAUAGAUCCAGAUUCUCAGCAAAUGUGACAGUAUCUAAGGAUUUGACCUGCCCGAACGAAGGGCGAAUUGUCCGAAAUAUGCUCGGGCAGAUGGCCCAUAAAAACUCUCAUAUUUACUUAGCAAAAUUGCUGCCAUUUUUUUUAGCCAAAUAAUUUGAUUUGAAAUCUAUCGAUUGCUGUA